AUGACAUGGACAGUCUCCCUGCCAGCCACGGCAUCCGUCGCAAGUUUCGCCUGCUUUUCCGUCUCCCUCAACAUGGGCCUGAAGUGGAUGUGCCAGCGGCCACGUCCAAUUUGGCUGGAUGACGGCAGGAUAUCCGACGUUUGGAACAUUGGAUCACUGUGGGAAGCAGAUUAUGCAUUUCCCAGCGGUCACACACACGUCCUAUCCGGUAUUCUGGUUUGCAUCUUCUUUGCCUACGAGCUACCCCCUGCGUGGCUUUAUGUCAUGUAUCUGCUUGGGGCGCUUGCUGGGUUCUCCAGGAAUUAUCUUGGCGUGCAUUGGUGCAGUGAUACGGCUACAGGCUUCAUCAUUGGAUGCGUUAGUGGCACCCUGUGGGGGCUGCUAGACGUCUAUGGGCGGCUCAUGCGUCGUGGCGACCCGCUGCUGUCUGUUUGCGUCGGUCUGGGAGCGGCUCUGGGCAUGACGCUUCUGACUCUUCUGGGCCGUGCAGUUACCAAACCGGUGCAGUCCGAGCUGCGGGCAGAGUGGCAGGAAACUGCGGUCCAGGGAUUGCAGUCCGUCCACCCGGGACGGCCGAAGAUCCUACCCAGAGACACAGAGGCAGAUUCCACGCCCUCGCUGCGAACGAUCGCUCCGAGGCGCUGGAGUUGCUGCGGCUCCCGCCCACGCCGACUGCGGCCCCGUCGCCUGGUCUACACUGCAGGACCUGCGCUAUGUGGCGGACUUUGCCUUGCAAUGUCCGGCAUCUACUCUCGGGUCCUCCCCGCCACCGAGUUGGGGGCAUGCCUGUCAUUCCAUCCGCCCAUGUGGACGCUGCUGCUUCGCAUGGCGGUGGGCCUUGGAGGCGCCGGGGUGCUUGCGCUUCUUCUGCUGCUGUUGCCGCGGCAUCUUCUACGACAUGUGGGGUGCUUGGAUGAGAAGCACCGAGCAAAGCGUCAGGUCAUCUUGCUUUUUCCGUUGUCACUUUUUGCGCUGUGGACAUUCGCUGGUGCACCAGUCUUAUUCGAGGCCUGCAAACCUGCAUAUCACUGGGGGUCUUGUUGUGAUUGGAUGGAUCGGUGGGGUAGCAUUGGAGUUGGGCUUGGGGUGUCAGCAGUGAUCUGCAGGCCAAGCGCAGGCCUGGACGAGCCUGCAGUAGCCAGCGCCUUCCAUGUGCUAUGCGUGGCCGGAGAGGUGUGUGAGGCAGCGACGACUUCUGUUGCCUGUCCGGGCCCUCCGGGAUCGUUUUGUUCUGACAUUCCACGAGAUGCGUGUGUCAACAUCAAACUGUUGACCUCACGGAUCUUCAGAAAUGGUUUUGGAAGUGCAGUAUUUUUCGAGCUUGGCCAGUGGACAUCUCAUCAGCAACAUGCUUGCAUCACCUAG